AUGGAUCCUGCUGUCAGUGCUGGUCUGCCAGCUGCAGCAGCACUGUCGGUUUCGGUUCCCGCGGAGGCGGCGGCGGGAGCAGCAGCACGGUCGGCGGCGUGGACACAGGUGACGCGCGUGACCGUGACGUGGGCGGGGACAUCAGGCGCAGGUGGCGCGCGUCGUGUGACGUGGGCGGCGGCCCUAUUACUCCUGGGAUGCGCCGCCGCGGGGCUCGCCCUGGCCGCGGCCGACUCCCGCCUGCUGGAGCUGGGGCCCUGCGCCCAUGCUGAUCAAGUGGCGGCCCUGCGCACGGCGUCGCAGCGUCUGCUUCUGGCCGCCUCCGCGCAGGUGCUCGCGGCCACCAUGGGCGUCCUCGUGCCGGCGCGGCCGGUCGCCGUCUUCGCCUACAUCGUGGAAUGGCUCACCGCCGGACCCGCCACCGACGUCCUCUGGAUGCUCGUCGCCUGCCACGACAGCACUGCCCACGAUGAGCUCUCCUUCCACUACCGCCUCUUCCGCUUCCUGCUGUGUGCGGCGCUUGCCGUGGGGACCUUCGUCUCGGUCUGGUAA